UUCCCCUUUCCCCUCUCCCCUCUCUCUCUCUCUCUCUUCUUUCCGGGCGGCGGACGGCACGGGUGGACGCCGGAGCAGGCGAGCGAGGCGCGUUGUCCAACGUCGACUACGACCGCCUGCUCGCCCCUGUCAAGGCGUCGCCACGGCCGCUGUCCAGGGAGGGCGAGGAGGAGGAGGGGGACAUCGCCAUGGUCGCCGCCCAGAGCUUCGUCUCCACGCAGGACUCCGCCUCCGACACCGUGGUCGACUACUCCGGCAACGAGGACGAAUUCCACGAGGUACCUGACCCCGACGACGACGUCUCUGACUUCCGGGAGGCUUGCAGCGGCAUCAGUCUCCGGCUGACGCUGUCGCUAGGGUUCAGCCACCGCCGCCGCCGCCGCCGCGACCGCCGGAGAUGAGCGCCGCGGCGAAGGCCGCCGCGCUCGAGGUAGUGCUCGCCGCCAAGUCGUCCCGUAUCGCCUCCCUCGAGGCCAGGGUCUCCUUCCUCGAAGCCGAGAACGCGCGCUUGAGGAGGGCCAUGGCGGAUCGUAGUACAGGUAAGGGAGGCCCAAAUCUCCGUCGAUCGGAGGAGAUGGCGGGAGGGCGUGUGGCGCGUGAUGUCAUUGAGGUUAGUGAUGGCGAGGAGGAGGGGAUGGCUGUUGACGUCAGGAAGGGGAGAGGCGCGGAGGAGGGGAUGGAUGCGGUUGCGACUCCUCGGAAGCGUGCUGCUUUGCGGGUGGUGAUCGGCGAGAGCGGGGAUGAAUACGAGAUUGAUGACGCCAAGGGGGAUGGUGAUGGUGAUGGAGGCGACCAUGGGAGCGUUAGCUGUGGCGACAAUGUGGGUCUCGAGGAUGAUGAUGUUACAACCGCGCUGCCCGAUAGGAAGCGCGCCGCCGCGCUGGUUGUCACCAGCGAUAGUGAAGAUGAGGUUGAGAGCCAGGGUGGCCAUGGGAGGAGGGGCAAGGAUGGUAGUAGGAAGCGUGCUUUGCGUGGCGUCCGAGACAAUGGGAAUGAGGACAAGGGCGUCACGCGGAGUAGGAAGCGUGCUCUGCGUGGAAUCAGUGACAAUGAGGACGAAGAUGAGGAUGAGGAUGGUGUCGAUGGUGCUCAUGUAGUCGUGACAGAGAUCGAGAGUAGUGAUGAUGAUAUGAUUCCCAUUCGUGAAGUGGUCAAGAAGAUGAGAAAAGAGAGGGCGAGCAAGGGUGGUGGUGGAUUCGGUGAGACUAAUGGGUCUUCCACACCUGCAACCAGGCGUUCGGCUCGGUUAGCUAAAGGUCAGCCAAAGAGAGCACAGUCUGCGCGUCGGGUGCUCAACUUUGUUGAACCCAAGGAUUGUGAAGAGAGUGCGAGUGACUCAGAUGAAGAUGAUGAUUUGGAUGACUUUAUAAUAAAUGAUUCGGAUUGUUCAGAAAAUUCUGCGAAUUCUGCUGAACCAGAAGAAUCUGAUGCUUCUGCCCCCAGUGAAGGAUCCUCUUCAGAACUUGAAGAGUCUGACAAUGAGAUAGACUAUAAAGACGUUAUGGCUUGCAUAGGCCGUAAAAGGAAUGCCAAGGAAUGGAAGUAUGAGGCAGAGAUGCUAUCUGCAUUUGCUGCACACCCUGAACUUUGCUUGAAAGCUGUUUGUGCUCUCUAUCGAAAGCAAACUAAGGAUGAACAGGAAGUAAAGGCCACCAUUUUGCAUAACAAGCAAGGAUUUAACCAGAUUGAUGCCGCAAGGGGAUCUUCCAUAGCGGAGUUUCUUCUUGAUGGUGAUACUUUUGGCCCGCUUAAGAAGACUGUCCAUGAUUUGGAGCAGUACGAUCGUUAUGCUCUUGAAUUCUGUCACAAGCUCGCCGCACGUUACUCAAAACAGUUGUUUUCAAUAUAUCAGAACAAGGAGGACCCCUACUUCCAUCCAUGACUCUGGUAAUGUUAGUUCAUUUGGUUGAACUUUUGUUGGUCCUUGUAAUAUUCUUACUACUGUACCUAUCUUACUCUUGUAGUCUCGUGUACAUAUAUAUUUCUUCUGGAGAAGUUAGUGCUUGCUAAGAUUAAGUUUGCAGAUUGCAGCCACCCUAUGUUUAUAUCACUUAGAGGUAUUUUGUUAAGUCAAGAGUGUUUCCGUCAGAAGAGAAAGUGUCUGAUGAGGUUUGCAUUGUUGAUACUUGAUACCUUGGCUAACUGAAUUAUAUCCUACGGUUAUUCCCACCUAAAUGAACUUGUUAUACUACUUAUCA